CCCUGUGGCGGGCGGGCAGCGAUGGCGGCGGCCGAGGUGGCGCGGCAGGGUGAAGGCUGUCGUACUGUGCCCCUUUCUGGACACGUAGGAUUUGACAGUUUGCCUGACCAGCUGGUUAAUAAGUCAGUUAAUCAUGGGUUUUGUUUCAACAUCCUGUGUGUGGGGGAAACUGGCCUUGGUAAGUCCACUCUCAUGGACACGCUUUUCAACACCAAAUUUGAAGGUGACCCAGCAUCUCACUCACAGCCUGGGGUCCAGCUGAAAUCCAGUACCUAUGACCUGCAAGAGAGCAACGUCAACCUCAAACUGACUAUUGUAAGCACAGUGGGCUUUGGGGAUCAAAUCAACAAAGAGGACAGCUACAAGCCCAUUGUUGAGUUCAUUGAUGCUCAGUUUGAAGCCUACUUGCAAGAAGAACUGAAGAUAAAGAGGGUCUUGCAUAAUUACCAUGACACCCGGAUCCACGCUUGCUUGUACUUCAUUGCUCCGACAGGCCACUCACUGAAAUCCUUGGACCUGGUAACAAUGAAGAAGCUUGACAGCAAGGUCAACAUUAUUCCGAUAAUUGCCAAAUCUGAUGCCAUUUCCAAAAGUGAGCUGACCAAGUUUAAAAUCAAGAUCACAAGUGAACUGGUCAGUAACGGGGUUCAGAUCUACCAGUUCCCAACAGAUGAUGAAUCAGUGGCAGAGAUAAAUGGAACAAUGAAUGCCCACUUGCCGUUUGCAGUGAUUGGGAGCACGGAGGAGUUGAAAAUAGGAAACAAAAUGAUGAAAGCUCGUCAGUACCCUUGGGGCACAGUGCAGGUGGAGAACGAAGCUCACUGUGAUUUUGUGAAGCUGCGGGAGAUGCUGAUCCGUGUGAACAUGGAAGACCUUCGUGAGCAGACCCACACACGGCACUACGAGCUGUACCGGAGGUGUAAACUGGAAGAGAUGGGUUUCAAGGACACCGAUCCAGACAGCAAGCCCUUCAGCUUGCAGGAAACUUAUGAGGCCAAAAGAAAUGAGUUUCUGGGUGAACUGCAAAAAAAGGAAGAGGCAAUGAGGCAAAUGUUUGUCCAGAGGGUCAAGGAAAAAGAAGCAGAGCUGAAGGAAGCUGAAAAAGAGCUCCAUGAAAAGUUUGAUCGUCUGAAGAAGUUACAUCAGGAUGAAAAAAAGAAGCUGGAGGAUAAGAAGAAAUCUUUGGAUGAUGAAGUUAAUGCAUUUAAACAAAGGAAGACAGCAGCUGAAUUGCUCCAAUCUCAGGCUCAGCAGGCUGGAGGAUCACAAACUCUUAAGAGAGAUAAGGAAAGAAAAAAUUAACUGCUGUUUGGCUGCAUGGUGCAUGAGGCACGUUGUCCUGGUAAGCGUCAUUAACAUAUAUAGACCUCACAGUGGGAUCAGUUACAGUUCCUGAAAAAGCAGACCCUAUGCAACUCCAGAAGCCUCUAAGUGUUAUCAUCUCUGUCUUAUUCUGCUUUCACCUUUACUGUACGGGCUUUUCACUCUGUUUCUAUAGAAAGCUGUAGAACAAGGAUGCCAUGAAGCGUGUCUUCAAAAAUGUGGCAGAGUUAAAUGCAGAUGGAAUCAAUAUCUGGACAUUAAAUGUGGAAAGAUAAGGAUUAGGCCCUCUUCCUUAUAAAUGUUUCCAGCAGUUUGCUGUCUCUAUCUUUCUGACUCCCUCAGAAAUAAAUGAGAUUCUUAAUCACAUAGGCCAUGUCGAUACUAUGGCAACAAUUGCUAUGGAGAUGUGAUGAUGGAGCCCAGCUAGCCUGCAAAUCUCUUUCCUUCCUUCUCCUUCCUUUGCUCCCACCCCUUCAAGUCACAGGGUUAGCUUGGUUACAGUGCAGGAUACAAACUAGUUUCUAUUUCCUCCACUCCCAACAGAUGGUAAAGUCUGCCCAAACUAGAGUUUUCAUUUAUCCUAAAGCACCAGAGAAAGAGUGUGUGAGUAUUGUCGAUUGACUGUAGUUGAUUUUCUAAAAUCAUGAGAGAUGUGGAGUGUUCAGCAGAUAACGGAAAGCUCUGAACAUAGACUAAGACACUUUAUGACAUUUUCAGUGCUGCAGCGGGCUGCCCUGUGGAUGGAUAUUCACUUGUAGCAGGCACAUGUCUGGAGUCAUGCCAAGUGUGUGUGGUUUGGGUAAGGCUAGUGGAAGGAGAGGGCUGUGCUCAAGCUGUGGCCAGAAAGCCUGCCAGAGCGCUUUGCCUCCGAUUGAGGCCAGCAUCUGAGUCUCUGAUGAGUUUUGCCAGGGCACAGAGGGUUGCCACUGAAGCAGAGCUCUGUCAGCAGGGUCCCACUGUGAGUCUGUCCAGAGUGUCUUUGUCUCCACAUUAGUAGGGAUAUGAAAUGACUAGAUAGUCAUUGGCAGGCUUGUCGAACAGAGAAGGGUGUCUGAAAGGGUUUACAAACAUAGCCAUAAAUAAGCAUCUGCAGUGGGAAGUGCAAAGUGAAGGCUAAUUUAAACAAGGAUGUCUAAGAAAUGCACCUGCCUGGCAGGAAAGCAUCAUUAUUAGCUAAACUGCUAAUGACAGUGGGUUACUUACAGCUGUGCUGAUUGUUUUUAAAUGAGCCUUUUUAAUUUGCUGUUGAUUCUCUGGUGAGAGGAGAGGGAAAGCUUUUAAGGGAAUGUCUUGCUUCUUGACAGAGCAACAGUAUCUAUUACCCAGUAUGAGGACAGCAGCAUCCCCAGCCUGAGCACAGGUUUCCCUGAGGUGGGAUAUGUUGGAGCAGCAGCAUUUAAUUAUAAAACAUCCUGACAACUCAGCUUCUAGGCCAGCUUUCCCUGCACACAAACCUAGGAUUUACGUUUGCUAUCAGACAGAAUCCUAACUAUCUUGUGGUCUGCCCUCAAGUGGGGAACAGCUGAUUAGCCAAUUCCAUACCUCUUAUCUCCACCAAGAGAAGUUGAAAAGCGAGUACACGUUAUGCUGUCAGUGAGAGGUGUUUGAGUUCAAUUUCAAUGGGGCAGAAGAGCUUCAGAAGGGUCCUGCACUGCUGUCGUCUUGAGCAGUCUGGUAGAAUGAAUGCCUCUGCUGCCAGCAUAACUGUAAUACAAUGAAAAGACCAAUUCUGUGCCUUCCAGGGUCUGAAUGUGGAUAAAUAAACUCAAAGAACAUCAGUGUUCAUUCUGGUGCUGAGUAUGAAGGCACAGCUAAAGUGCAGUUGAGAGUGAACAUUACUGAUUUCUGUUGGGAUUGGAUUGCUUUUGGCAGCCCGUGUAACUGUACACUGUUGUGUGUUAGGCUUGGAAUCAAAUAAAGAUCUUUGUUUCCACUGUACAAAUGCAGACAGUGCCUUUUUCAAUGGGCAUUUGUCCUAGUUGAAUUAAAUAUGUAUACAUGGUACUUUUUCAGAAUUCAGAAUAAUACUCUCAAUAUUGAUCCAUACAGUAUUGCAGGCCCCAGUGUUUUGCAAGGGUAUAAAUAAGUCACCAUUGAGGAGUUCUGUAGCUUGCAAAAACUGUGAAAGGAUUGUUUUAGAGAAGCAAUGUGGUUCAUCCCACUGCUGAGUGUGUGUGUGUGUCUGCAUAAAGCAUGUUUUGUAGUCAAAUUAAACUUUAUUAACACAUAGCAACAUUUCCUGUUUGUGUGUGUGUGUUAGGAAGCAUAUUUGUGUUUUUUUGUUGGUGUUUUUUUUUUCAUUAAUCCAUAA